AUGGAUCUCUCGAUAGAUGACCUCCUGGAAGAAGUGGAAGGGGCCCUUGAGGAAGGUUCUUGUCCUCAGAAAUCAUCAAAAGCCGUUGGGCUCAAGCCAAUACGCACCCGCUACGCUGGAGACGACCGCGAUCUAGGCCUCCCAGUCGUGACGAUAGCUCCUUCCGCGGUCGGCGACGGCUUUGAUUCAGAUUCUUCGCAAGCGCAGGCGGCCGUCGCUAGCACCGUUGGUGUGGACUUUGACGAAGACUCCCAAGACGGGGUCGAUGACUCGCUAGGUUUGGUCUUCUCAGCCGCUCCAGAACACGUCAAAGAGAGAACCAGCGGCAUCAACAGCGACCUGACAACAACCUACAGCAACGGCAACGACGACCGCAGCGUGAAAGAUAAAGUUACCCCAGAGUCGCCGCAACGACAUCGCGCAGAAGCGGAACGACGCCCGACAAUCACCGAGAUAGCGUCAGAACAAACCGCUGCCACCAUCAUGGUCACGCCCUCCACGAUGCCGGGAGAGGGACGUUGCGCUGGGGGGACGACGACCGCGGCGGUAGCGGUGCCCCCAACGAAGAAGAGGCGGAGGUGUGGGACGGUGUUCGUGGGAGGGGUGGCCACGGACCGAGGAUUUUGCGCCUCGUCGUUGUCGCAGCGGGCUUGCGACAAACUGCGAUGCACAGACUGCAACUUCGAGGUCCUGUGCUUCCACGGGCGAGCGUGGGAUGACCAGACGGACUACAUGUUCCUAAGGAACAACGUGCCCGACACGGACAAGCUGAGCGCGAGGCUGACGCCCUGCUCAGAUUCGUGUGCAUAUGCGUGUCAGUGCUCCUGGCAAAACGUGAAAGACGUUCGUGCUCUAUCUCCGACCGAGCGUCCACGAUGGGCUUGCGGCGGACACAGUUCGUGA